AUGGAUAAGAAAUAUGAUAAAUUUAUUAGUCAUCCACCUGAAGAUGAAUGGUUGAAAAUUGCUCCAUUACGUAUUUUAAGUUUUGAUAUUGAAUGUGCAGGUCGUAAAGGUAUAUUCCCGGAAGCACAAAUAGAUCCUGUAAUUCAAAUAGCCAAUAUAGUCACAAUUCAAGGUGAAAAAACACCUUUUAUUAGAAAUGUUUUUACAUUGAAUUCUUGUGCCCCAAUUGUUGCAACAGAUGUAAUUGAAUUUUCUGAAGAGGCAAAAAUGUUACAAGCUUGGAGGGAUUUUGUCAUUAAAGUUGAUCCAGAUUUACUUAUUGGUUAUAAUAUAGUAUAUUUAACUUACUUUGCAAUUGAUCAUAAACCUGAGAACAUAUGA